AUGAUAACAAAGACAGGCACAACAAUUGUGGGACUGAAAUACAAGAAAGGAGUCAUACUUGCAGCAGACACACGAUCUACACAAGGCCCUGUUGUUUCUGACAAGAACUGCUUCAAGAUCCAUAAGAUAACAGACAGAAUCAUGUGCUGUGGAGCAGGAGUUGCAGCAGAUGCAGAUAGAGUUACAAGGAUGGUGUCUAAGAAUUUGAAGCUGUUUGAGAACAAAUUCUAUCGACUGCCUGUUGUUUCUCAUCUUGUGAAGGUAUGCACACAUUACCUGCAUCAAUACUGCGGUGGAAUAGGUGCUGCACUGAUUGUUGGUGGGGUUGAUAACGAGGGAUGCCAUCUGUAUGACAUUCAACCACAUGGAUCUUCAAAUUCGGUUCUGUUUACUUCACUUGGAUCUGGAUCUUUGGCAGCCAUAUCUGUGCUUGAGAGUAGAUAUACAGAUUUAUGCAAGGAAGAUGCAAUCAAGCUUGCAUGUGAUGCAGUUGAGGCAGGCAUACUGAAUGAUUUGUAUUCUGGAUCCAACAUUGAUGUUUGUGUGAUUGAGCAAGGUGGAGUAGAGUUUUUAAGGAACUACAAGACGGUGUGUAAGUCUGAUAAUGACGAUCGAUUGGUGUAUCCACUCGACUCUGUGAGGAUAAAGAGAGAGGAAGUGUUUGAUUUUGUCGAUGAGUAUUAA